AUGCUCCACCCCACGGGCGUCGAAGUCAACUUACUCGCUGGAGGAGUCAGAAUGCAGGAGUAUGAUUCGGCCGCAGAUUCAGACAUGCUGGAGGAGCGUAUGUGCAAAUAUGUUGAGGCUGUUGAAGACACUACCUUCGAGGUAGAGGUGCACGUGCCGUUUGGCACCGCUCUAUCUUCCAAAGACUGCAUCAUCUGCAAAAUCCACCUUGACGGCAAGAGCAUGUGGCACCCGAUUCUCGAGCUCACGGACGGAGGUCUGAGAAAGCCGAGAAAGUGCGAGGGCAGACAUUUCAAUACUGCGGAAGGACCAUGGAUCGAGAAGUUUGCUUUUGGCAAGCUCCAGACGACUGACGAAGCCUCGAUCCGUAAGAAGCCAGAUGACUUCAAAGAUCUGGGAACUAUCAAGGUUACAUGCAGCUGGGGGCGCAUGGUGUCGAACAUCGUGCCAUCAGCCAUGAAAUCGAGUAAAGCACACGUCGAGACGGCCAUUCCGGAGAAUAGGCUGCAACCCGCGGCACCGCGAAGGGAUCUUGCUGUGACUGCUGACACGAGCUACCCGUACGGUAAGGAGGCUUUUGCUACAUUCCAGUUUCUCUAUCGUUCCCAAGCGGAUCUGCAGGUCGAGGGCAUCAUCGAGAAGACCCCUGACCCCAUUCCGCUCGAAGAUCGUGACCCCGCAAGUCUCACGGAAAGCGAAGCCCGGGAGCUCCUUGAGCAAUUCCGCGCAAGUAAGGCGAAGCAAGCAGUCAGAGUGAAACAAGAGAAACGCGACCGCUCGCCACAUAUGGACGACAACGUAGGAGAUGGUGACGAUUUGCAGGUCGUGGGCAGUGGCAACAGCAAGCGGCCAUUGGAGUGGAAGAUGUCUGCGAGAUGA